AUGAAGUUUACUGCUACCUUUGGCGUUGCUGCGCUAUUCAUGGCCCCGUCAGCUGUGGCCUGGAAACUGCCUCAUGCCGACAAGGCUGCUGCCGUUGCCACUCCUACUGAGCAGCUAACUCCUUCUGGCGGUUUCCCCUCCAGAACCCCAUCUGGAACCCCAUCUGGAACCCCAUCUGGAACCCCAACUGGAUUCCCAACUGGAUGGCCCACUGGAUGGCCUACUGGAUGGCCUACUGGAUGGCCUGUUGGCCACGGACAUGGCCAUGGAGGACCUGGCCAUGGAGGACCUGGCCAUGAAGGUCCUGGUCACGGAGGUCCCGGGCACGGAGGCCCUGGCUACGGGCCUGGCCACCAGGAACCUGGCCAUGGAGGACACGGUCAUGGAUCCCAGUCCACCAGCGUCCCCAGCAGUACUCUCACCAUCGCCCCCAGCAGCACUCCUACCAGCCUGCCUACUGGAUACCCCCCGUCUACUGGUGUUCCCCCUGGAUUCCCUGACGGCUUCUCCGGUCAGACCUCUAGUUCCUUCGAAAUUAUGCCUAUCGCGACCGAGACUGCUGCCACUAGCGAGGGAAAGGGUCCAUCUGUUGAGAAGGGAGAGUUCGCUCGUGUCCACGCCCGUCAGAUGCUGUUUUAG